GCAAACCUCCUUCUCUUUCAAUCGGCAGGAACCCUAGCAGGAUUUUUCUGUAGCGACACUCCACGCCCUUUUCCUAUUUCUCCGCGGUCCGGUACACACUUCCUUGCUCUUUUUUCACCGAUUACUCAGUCUUCACCGGCUUCAGUCACCAUCGUCCCUCCUGGACCUGAGGAAGGGGAACCCCAGAUCAAAAAGAUUCUGAUUCUCAGUUUGGAUUUUGAUGAAGAAAUUGUGGUUUUGAGCCAUCUAUGGAGGGAAAGAAAGAGACAAAGAUGGAGGAGGUGAUGGGAUCUACAUCAUUUCUUGAUUAUAUCUUGAGAUCUUACUAAGAGGUAUUUGAUUUGAGGUAAGGGGAGAAGAGUGGUGGUUCAUUAGGGUUUACGGAGCUUUUGGGUCUUCAGGAUUUUAGUCCUUCUCUGUUACAGGAGAGGCAGGUGGCAUCUAUGGCGCCAACAUUGGUUCUGAAUCCAGCUGGUAGAAAGAUGGAAUCUCUGAAGGUUUUGAAUCAGCCAAUCUUGAUCUGCUUUCUUACUAUUUCUUUAAUGUUUUCUGUAUGCGGUUCAGAACCAUAUGACUAUAUGCAAUACGUGGUACAAUGGCAACCUGCUGUUUGUAGUACCCCAAACUACCACAGGCAGAAGUGCAGAAAGUUAGCCAAACCAGAGUUUACAAUUCAUGGCCUCUGGCCAAGUAAAUUUAGCGGAGCACAUGUGAUAUACUGUAGACAACAGGACGCAUUUCACAUAAACAAGGUACAUUCAAUUCGAGCCGAAUUGAAUAAAUGCUGGCCCGACUUGCUGCCUGACGUGCCUCACCGUUAUUCUGCUGUUUGUUCGCGUCAUCGCGGUAAUGCUGGUUUUUGGUGUAGGGAAUGGCAAAAGCACGGAAUAUGCUCCCUGUUUAACCAACGUGAAUAUUUCAAUCGAGCGGUUGAACUCUGCACAACGUACAACAAAAAGAUUGAAUACAUUCUCCAGAGGAAUCAAAUCCUUGCUAGUAAUACCAGGUUGGUGAAGAGCAUCAACAUUAGUGACACGAUCUACGAAGAAUUUGGAAGACUUCCGGCACUACGUUGUUCCCUACGUAAUGAUUAUCUAGAAGGACCAAGACAACUACUAGAAGUAAUUUUGUGCUUCACUGUAGAUGGGAAAUAUAUGAUAGACUGUCCCCAGAGUAUAAUAGACCGUCCCCAGAGUAUUAGGUAUUGUCCUUCUGAUAUAUUUUUUUUGAGCAGUGCUACGGACACUCUCCAAUCAGCACUCUCUUGGGCACUAGCUGCUCUGUUGUUACGUGUGGCAAUAUGAUUGACGUUCCAAUCAGCAGCCGGUUUCAAACCGGUUACUUUUACUCUUAACUUCUAUUUUUAUUUUGUUUUCAUUUACAUUUAGAGUUUUAUUAGUAACUAGUUUUUUUUUUUUGUAACCGUGCGAUUGUACAGGAUUAU